ACAACUACUAUCUAGUUUUCUCUUUACUCAGUACACCAUUUAAACAUGACCACUCCGGCGACCACCACCACCAUCCUCCUCCUCUUUUUCUCGGCCACCCUUAGCAUCGUGAUGGCGGACAUGUCAAUCAUCGAGUAUGACAACAAACACCCCUCAAAAUCCCGGAGCGACGAAGAAAUGAUGGAUAUUUACAAAACAUGGAUGACAAAACAUGGAAAAGCCUACAAUGGGAUUGAGGAAUCCGAAAAGCGCUUCAAUAUUUUUAAGGAUAAUUUGCUCUUUGUAGAUGUUCAUAACUCGGAGGAACGAACCUACAAGGUUGGAUUGAACAUGUUUGCAGAUCUAACCGACGAAGAGUACCGAUCAUACUACCUUGGCAUGAAAUAUGAUGCCCGUGACCAAUUUGUUCAGUCAAAGCUGGCCAGCCAAAGGUAUGCCGCCUCCUCCGGUGAAAAUCUGCCGGAGUCGGUUGACUGGAGGAAGGAAGGCGCUGUUGGACCAAUUAAGGACCAGGGAGAAUGCGUGAAUUGUAAGUCUAUAGACACCGAGUCAGAUUAUCCUUAUCUCGUCGCUGAUGGCGUAUGCAAUACCACUAAAUUGAAUAAGAAGAUGGUGAGCAUAGACAGUUACGAAUUCGUGCCUGCCAACAACGAAUAUGCUUUGAAAAAAGCGGUCGCACAUCAGCCAAUCAGCGUCGCCAUUGAAGCUUAUGGAAGGGAAUUUAGACUUUAUGAGUCGGGUAUUUUCACGGGCAAUUGUGGAACCGCCUUGGACCAUGCGGUGGCGGCGGUGGGGUAUGGAAGUGAGCACGGAGUUGAUUAUUGGAUCGUUCGAAAUUCGUGGGGAGAGAAUUGGGGUGAAGAAGGAUAUGUUAGGUUGAAGCGAAACGUCUUUUCAAGAAAGGGAAAAUGCGGUAUAGCUAUGCUCGCUUCUUAUCCCGUCAAGACUGAAAAUGCAACCUUCAUCUGA